AUGUUCUCCAACGCGCUAAAGUCGUUCAGCUCCAACAUCUCUGCAAAUUACCAGAUCUCACCACAUCCUACCGUCUACUCUGGCCCCUGGAAAAUCCACGAUGCAAAGAAAAAGUCCACGGGCACCGCGGCAUCUGUGUUCAUCUUCGAUCGCAAGGUUCUAGAGCCGCGAUCUAGUGGACUCGGGCGCUCGGGAUCGUCUUCGAAGAAGCUACAGGAUGAUGUGAUUGAGCGGCUAAAGCGGGAAGCCAGCAACUUGGCUCGUCUGAGGCACCCGUCUAUUCUACAAGUGCUGGAACCAGUGGAAGAAACACGCAAUGGCGGCCUGAUGUUCGCAACGGAGCACUUGACGGCCUCUUUAUCAGGAUUACUGCUGGAUAAAAAUGAGCAGGAGGGCGCAUCAGGCUCCGGUGCGCGAGGCAGUCGGUACAUGGUCCAGGAGGCCGAUGGCACGCGAAGACGCCGGGAUCUGGAAAUCGAUGAAUUAGAAAUUCAAAAGGGAUUGCUACAGGUCGCAAAGGGUCUAGAGUUUCUCCACGAGUCUGCUGGCUUGGUACAUGGAAAUUUGAACCCAGACGCCAUCUAUAUCAACUCCAAGUCUGAUUGGAAGAUCUCCGGCCUCGGGUUUGCUGGACCUCCUGAUUCCUCGGAGACCCGAUCGACACUCCCGCCGUUGGCUGUCUCUGAAGUCCUUUAUCAGGACCCCAGACUGCCUCCUUCUGUACAGCUCAACAUGGAUUACACCUCACCGGACUUUGCUUUGGACUCGAACGUGUCAGCGGCUGCAGAUCUUUUUUCCUUGGGACUGAUAAUCAUUGCCCUCUACAACUCGCCCCAUGUAUCUCCCCUCCAAACGCAUGCAAACUUGACGACAUACAAGAAGCUAUUGAGCUCCCCAUCGACUACACCCUCUCAGAACAAUAAUUUCCUUUGCUCUCAACCCAUCCCUCGUGAUGUUUUGUCUCAUGUCUUGCCCCGACUGAUUACCCGAAGGCCGGCGCAGCGCAUGAAUGCUCGAGAAUUCCAGCAGUCUCAGUACUUUGAUAAUGUUUUGGUGUCCACAAUUCGUUUCCUAGAGUCCUUGCCGACUAAGAAUGCGAAUGAGAAAUCCCAAUUCCUUCGCGGGCUACAACGCGUUCUGCCGGACUUUCCGGCAUCGGUGUUGGAGAGGAAAUUAUUGGGGGCCUUGCUGGAUGAAAUGAAAGACCGCGAACUUCUUCCUUUGAUUUUGCAGAACGUCUUUGGAAUCCUGCAACGGAUCCCUAGUGGGCGUCGUGCCUUGCCCGAGAAGAUCAUUCCUGGCCUCAAAGAGGUGUUUGGUACGGGAGCGGGCAAAUCAGGAGCUCACGAACGGGACUCCAAGAAAGAUGCAGGUCUCAUGGUCGUAUUGGAAAAUAUGAAACUCAUUGCCGACAAUUGCUCAGGCAUAGAAUUUAAAGAUGACAUACUACCUUUGAUCCGCCUGGGCAUGGACUCACCCACCCACUCCUUGGUCGAUGCCUCUCUCAAAUGCCUCCCGAUCAUGCUUCCGGUUCUUGAUUUUAGCACUGUGAAAAAUGAGGUGUUCCCUCCAAUUGCCACCACUUUUAGUCGCACUAGCAGCCUUGCUAUCAAAGUUCGUGGCCUAGAGUCUUUCGCUAUCCUCUGUGGUGGCUCUGUAAACGACUCGGAUGUUCUGGAUGAUGACCUCAACGGUACCGUUCAAUCAAAACAAACCACCAAGUCAUCCAUUCUAGACAAGUAUACAAUUCAAGAGAAGGUUGUGCCGUCCCUCAAAGCCAUCAAAACGAAGGAACCCUCAGUCAUGAUGGCCGCCUUGAAAGUCUUCCGACAAGUCGGAAAGGUUGCAGACACAGACUUUCUCGCUCUCGAAGUCUUGCCUGUUCUCUGGGGCUUCAGUCUCGGUCCCUUGUUGAACCUCCAACAAUUCAACGAGUUUAUGACAUUGAUCAAAUCCCUCUCUGCUAAAAUUGAAAAGGAGCAGACAAGGAAGCUCCAGGAGCUUUCCUCCGGGGCUGAUUCAGGGGGAUUCCAGGCUACCGCUAACAGCUUCUCACAAUCUGCCACGGAUCUCACUUCUCCCGAUACCGACGGGGCCAGAAACAACUUUGAGCGCCUUGUGCUAGGAAAGAACGCUGCAGCCACUAAUGGCAAAGAUGUCGAUCUUUGGGGUGGUAUGGACGAUGCCCAGCCCGUUGCAUCCAACCGACCAAGCAUGUCGCCCGGCUUGUCAUGGUCCACCAAUAAUGCCGCUGGCUCAGGUCAAACCUCAUCUAGCCAACUCGGUUUCCGGUCCAUUACACCAGAUCAGAAACUUGGCUCCUUCCCAUCUCUGGAGCCUGCACGACAAACGUCUCCUUCGAUCUCGUCGUUCCCAGCUAUGCAGCCAUCUUCGCCGACUUGGGGGGUUCAAUCCCAAGGAGCGAACAGGCCUAGCCCAUCUAUGGCAUCGUUGUCUGGCCUAGCCGCCAAUGCCCCAAUGUCAAGACCAACAUCGUUGUCCCAACAAGCCUCCAAUUAUUCCUCCUUCUCUAUUCCGCCUCCACCAGGUGGAAUGGGUGCUGCCAAUGCGAUGAGAUCACCAUCGUUGAAUAUGAACACGACACCGGCGCCAUUCGCAAGUCAACCCCAACCCCAGCCCCAGGUUCCCCAAAAACAAGGGUUAGCCAAAUACGAGAGCUUGUUGUGA